CGCCCCCUAAAAUAUAGAAGCCCACUGACGCGAGAGAGCAGUGGCAAUAACAAACGCGGACAGAAGGGCACGGACACCUGGAACAACAGCGGACUCUCAAACUUAAUUUUACAAAUACGAUCUACAACAGGACAUUCAUUUAAUCACUUCUUUCAGAAUGGCAGAUGCUGAGGAUAAAACCAAUACCUGUGGGACAGUAUGCCUCAAAUACCUUCUGUUCAUCUUCAAUCUUCUCUUUUGGUUGGCAGGUGGCAUUGUGAUGGCAGUGGGAAUAUGGACUCUGGUGGAUAAAAGUGACUACAUCAGUCUUCUGUCCUCUAGCACCUACUCAGCAGCGGCCUACAUCCUGAUUGGCGCGGGGGCCAUCGUCGUGUUAACCGGAAUAUUGGGCUGCUGCGCCACCAUCAGGGAACAAAGAAGUCUGCUUAUGGUGUUCUUCGUCCUGUUGUUGUUAAUCUUCCUACUGGAGAUCACAGCUGGAAUUCUGGCUUAUGUCUAUUAUCAGGAGUGUUUUCCUCUCUGCUACCAGCUGAAUGCUGAGCUGAGAGCAGAUCUGAAAGAGAGGAUGGUGCAAAACUACCAGCAGCCUGGACAAGAGCACAUCACUAGAGCCAUCGACAAGCUCCAGCAAGACCUGAAGUGUUGCGGCAGUAACAGCUCAGCGGACUGGAAGGAAGGGGCCUGGAUUCACACCAAUGCCAGGAGACGCCUGGUGCCCGACAGCUGCUGUAAGACCCCCACAGUGGGCUGCGGAGCCAGAGACCACCCAUCCAACAUCUAUAAAGUGGAGGGAGGUUGCAUAUCCAAACUAGAGGAGUUUAUUCUUCAACAUCUCAUUAUAUUGGGCUCAGUGGGUCUUGGGAUUGCAUUCAUUCAGAUUGUAGGGAUGAUUUUCACCUGCUGCUUGUAUCAGCGUUUAAAAGAUGAAGUAUACUGAGAAAGAAAACACUUUAUUCACAAAAUAAGCCUUCCUGCUGUAUGCAUUACUGUCUGUUACUGUUUGGUUUUAUGUUGUGUGUCAUAAAUCUGUCAAAAUAACGCAGGAUGACAAUAUGUCUUGGCUGCAGGACAGUCGUUCUGGAUAAGGAACUGAAAUGGCUUUGUUUUAAGCAUUUUUCUUUUUUAAAUCAGUGGACUUAUUUUAUUCCUGUCAGUUUUAAAUGCCUUCAAAUACAUACAUACAUACAAAAUGGCACCCUUUUAACAUUAAAAGGUGUUGUUUAAUCUUACAGUUUUUCUCAGUCGCUUUGGUGCAUUUCUCAAAUCAUCCUUAAUAUUUGCAAAGAAGUAUGUGCAUUUCUCAAAACAAUUUGUACAAACAGCACAACACAAUGGAUUACCUGCAAAAGCCUGUAACUUACUCAAAAUAUUUAGUUUGUCUAUCAAAAGCAAGUAUUUAUGUCAAUGAACAUAUCAGUGCCAUCAGGAUGAAAAGUCCUUGUGUCAUUGUUCACAAACAAGAUAGUCAAAAUGCUUAGUCAUGUUGUCAAUAUAACACUAUGGCAAUAGUUUGCAUGACAGUAACUGUAUUGAAACGCAGAAGGCUGCAUUUCUUAUGUAUGCGAUAUACACAUUUCAAAAGUACAAAUUUACACAUUACUGUAUGUGAGAUAUUGAUUAAAAUAGACUGGAUAGGAUUCACAGUUACACUAUCACUAGUGGUCUGACAAAAACAAACAAAAAACAAAACCCACAUUACAGUUGUGAUAUAUUUCUGAUAGCACACAUACAUCACUGAGAUAUACUAUUCGACAUCUGCAUUUACAUCUGCAAGAUGUAUUUUUUAGUGUUCGAUUAUCUGCAGUACUUCUAGGACGUUUCCUAUCAGGUGUCAAAUAGACAUUUAUUAGAUGUCUUUACUGUAAGAUGUUUAUUUAUUUAAAAUGUAUGUAAAACUGACAUCUUACAGACGUCUAUCAGAUGUUUGUACACUACAGAUGCUUUUCAGAUCAAGUGAUCUCUUUAAGAUAUAUGUGUGCUAUCUGGGAUGGGCACAAAAACAAAAAUACAAAAUUAGAAAGGCAAACACAGGAAUCACCCCUUAGGCAGAACUUUGCUUUUGCAUGCAGUACUGUAUGAGGAAUUUCAGAGAACUGGAUUGUCAUUGGUUGAUCUACAUUCUCUUUAUUAGUGAAAGUCAAGAUUCACCUGCACAAUGCAUGGCAAAUUUACAAAAAGACUAAUAGAAAAUGUGUAGAAAAUAUACUUGACAGUUUUUGACAACUAGAUCAACCACUUUGCAUGUAAUGACUUGUAUGAUGAACUAAUGACUAGAUAUUUUGAGGGGUAAGACUAUUGCACAGAGAACUAUAUAAUACAUUUUAAGCAACAUGACAUUAGCAACUGAUAAUGUAGGAAAACGCAGACAAAUGUACAUGAUCAAUUGCAUGAAUGUACCAAAACAAUCGCAACUUGUUCAAAAGAAUGAGAAACUGCUAUUAUGAUGUGCACAAGUGACUAGAUGAUGUGGAGGUUGAACAAGUGGUUUUGAGAAUUUCAUUUCUGAUCUGAGAAAUGCACCAAAGCGACUGAGAAAAACUGUAAAUGGCAUUACAUGCUUUGUGUGUAACAUUUGUUAUGUUAAUAAAACAUUAACAUUCAUUUAUUUUCAUCAAGUGGAAGUAAAAUUCAAGGUAUUCACCCUGUCUGUAGAUUUUCCGCUACCGAGGGUGAUUAAUAAA